AUGACUACCAUAAUUAUGUGUUUGAAUGUCCUCCGGAAGGAUCGCGUCAAAAGUGUCUAUGACGAAUUAAUGCCCACGGAAGCAUCGGUAUUAUAUGAAUACGGAUUUAGAAACUGUGUAUCUAUGGGGGAUAGAAACAUCCUUUUUGACUUAUAUAUCGGCCUUAUAAAGAAUUUAGGUUGCAAAGCCUCAAAAAUCCAUUCAUGGUGGGAAAAUGGCCAAUUACCACAGAAUGUUAAAAAGUCUUAUGAUGAGGCAGAUGAAUUCAACGAAGCUUACGUGUCUGCAACUGUGGUGGACUUGCUGGAAAGAAAAUGUGGUUGCCGCUUGCUCGCUGAAAGAAAAUCUGAGUUAGUAGAUACCAGCAAAUAA